AUGCGGAGGCUCUCCCAGGUUAAAGGAACGGCUGAUCAAGCCAAGCCCGAGUACUGGCCGAGCAUAGCCUAUCCAUACGAGUCGGACGGAAUAAACCGAUUACUGUGCCUGAUUCACGGGAAGGGCCAUCCCCCCACCAGGAUCGCUAUCGUAUUGCGUCUCAAACACGUCCCUGCACCUCGUCACGACUCUCAAGCGACAUCGCACGCUGCGCAGGAACGCCAUGCAGCCGACAAGAACGUCCGCAGAGUCCUUGUUCCAUGGGUCCGACCUCCACGUGGACGCGGAACGGCGCCCCUCGACGGUGAGCGUGACGGUAAGCGGCCGCCUCGCGUUGCUGCGAGGCGCGCAAGGCGCGCGAGCUCCGCGUCGACGUCCGCGUGGAAGUACGCGGGAUCGAACACGGGCACGUGGAUGUCGAUGCGCUCCAGGUGGGUGUGCGCCUCCCCGAGGCGCAACAGCGCAACGGGCAUGGCGUCUGACACGCCCCCGAUCUGGAGUUCCGUGUACACACGCAAGCGCACAGAGGCUGAGCUGCAGUGUGAGGUCUUCGAGGGUGUGGGCGGCUGCGUCUAUCAGGCGUUGCUCGAGAUCGAACGCGGCGGAGAGACGCCAUGGCACCUUGAGCGAGCGUGCGCGCAGCACUAUCGGGGUCUCCAUGGGCCAUGUCACGCCAGCUAA